AUGACAACAACACCACCACACCCGCUCGGCUUCCUAUCGCGGCUCUCGCGCAGCGUCUACCUGUACAAGCCCGAUGCCGUCGCCGCCAAAGCGUCCAGCAAGCAUCCACGGCUCAUCCUCCUCGCGACAUGGAUGGGCGCGCAGGACGUCCACAUCGCAAAGUACCUCACGCCCUACCGCAUCGCGUACCCCGCCUCGCCGAUCGUCGUGAUCCGCACCGAGCUGUCCGACUUUAUGGUGCCCGGCCGGCGGACGGAGCGCAACCGCCAGUUUGCGCGCAUCAUCCCCGUGCUGCGCGAUGCGUUCCCCGAGCUCGCGGUCGGCGGCGUCGUCCCCGCGCCGCAGGACGAGACGGACGCAAGCAGCAUCAGCAGCAGCGUCUCCACCUCGGACAUUGCCGACAGCGAGAUCAGCGGGGUGCUCGUCAAGCCCCCGCCGCGUGCGCCGCGCGCAGAGCUUCUCAUCCACGUAUGGUCGAACGGCGGCGGCUCGGCGCUCGCGGCGCUGCGCGGUGUCCUCAAGAAGGCGCAGGUCACGCUCCCGCGGUACUCGCUCGUGCUGGACUCUACGCCAGGCCAGUUCCACUACCGGUCAACAUUCACCGCCUUCGCCCUGUCCUUCCCCCCAUGGCUGAGGCGCAUCCUCUCGCCGUUCCUGCACGCCAUGGUCGCGUGGUUCUGGCUGCGGCAGAACAUCUCGCGCGUGUUCGGCGGGCCCGGCGGGCCCCUGCGCACCGCAGCAGCAAGCCACAACACGCCGAUCGCGCGCGCGUCCGAGGUCCGCAGAGCAUACAUCUACAGCGACGCCGACAAGCUCAUCCACGCCGCCGACGUGGAGGCGCACGCGCGCGAGGCCGAGGCCCUCGGGUUCACGGUGCGCCGGGAGAACUUUGGCAAGUCGGCCCACGUGGCGCACAUGAAGGCAGACCCGGAGCGGUACUGGCGCAUCGCGCGCGAGACGUUUGAGGGCCCGCCGACCGAGAGCGAGCUGGAGGGGUAUGCGGUCGUCGAUGCUGUCGCGGACGCUGAGGCCGCCGCGCGGGCGCUCGACAAGGCAGCCGAGGAGACGGUGAGCGCGGAGCAGGCGUACGCCGCGGCGCAGGCGAGCGCAGACGCCGCCGCGGCCGCAUACGAGGAGGCCAAGGCCGCCGAGGUGGUCGCUGCCGCCGAGGAGGAGGUCAAGGUCGACGAGGUGGUGGAGGCUGUCGCUGUGGCCGAGCACACGCACCACGCGACCCUCGACCUCGAAGCGGCCAAAGCGUCGGACGACGCCGAGGCCGCCGCGGCCGCUAUCGCGCUCGAGAAAGCCGCCGCGUCCACCGCCAGCGCCGAGGAGGCGUACGCCAAGGCCAAGGCCGACGCCGACGCCGCUGCUGCCGCGACGACCAAGCCCAAGAAGGGCAAGAAGCGCGGCGGCAAGCACUAG